AUGGGAAACGCCCAGUCCACCCGCGCAGACCCGCGGUCUCAUGCCCGCAGCGCUCAGGACGACGCCGUCCUUGAAGCUCUCACCCAGCAGAUCCGCAGCAUUCGCCGUGCAGACCUUAUGGACGCUCAAGACCACUCAUAUGUCCACGUUGCCCAUGAAAAGGGGAUCCCAUCGACCUACUCGACCGACCCCCGCCUGUCCCUUAGUACGACGACAAACUGGGAGAAACAACUCCUCUCAGACCCCAAGAACCGCCUGGCUUUGAACGCGCUCUUGUCCAACGACGUGAAGACUAUUAUCGCCAACAAGGUCUCGACACUCGCCGAUACCCAGACCUUCAACGUCAAGAUCCCAUUCGAGGGAGCGCCCGUCACAAACCAGAGAUCAAGCGGCCGAUGCUGGCUCUUCGCGACGACAAAUGUCCUCCGCGUGCCCAUCAUGAAGAGAUACAACCUGAAGGAAUUUGAAUUGUCCCAAUCAUACUUGUUCUUCUGGGACAAACUGGAGAAAGCCAACUAUUUCCUCGAGCAGAUCGUCGACACGGCAGACGAAGACCUCGAGAGCAGACUUGUGCAAGAACUGCUGUCGGCGCCCGUCAACGAUGGAGGCCAAUGGGACAUGGCUGCAAAUCUGGUGACGAAGUACGGUCUUGUUCCACAGAAACUCUACCCUGACUCGUACAACGCCAUGCACUCGAGCCCGAUGGGUUCGAUCAUUACGACCAAACUGAGAGAAGACGCCCUUGUCCUGCGAAGUCUGGUGGCCAAGAGCAAAGCAGCGAACGCGAAGACUAGACCCAACAUAGAAUCAGAACUCGUGUCCGUCAAGGCGAAGAUGAUGCAAGAGAUCCACGGCAUCUUGACCCUGAUGCUCGGGCCCCCACCCAAGGCGGACGAGCCUUUCACCUGGGAAUACUACGACGCCAACGAAAAGUACCACCGCGUGACCAAGACGCCACUGGAAUUCGCAAAGGAGAUGUCGUCGCCCUCGCUCGUUCGAUCACUGGGCACGAAUGUAAGCGAACUGUUCAGUCUGGUCAACGACCCUCGCAACAACUACAACCAACUACUGACCGUCGAUCGACUGGGCAACGUCGUCGGUGGCCGAGGGGUCACGUAUGUGAAUGUCGACAUGACGACCAUGAAGAAGGCGGCCAUCUCGAUGCUGAGGGCCGGUCUCCCCGUGUUCUUUGGUAGCGACGUGGGCAAAUUCAGCAAUUCGAGCUCUGGAAUCAUGGACCCGAAUCUGUACGACUACGGUCUCGCGUUCAACAUCAACUUGGGCCUGAGCAAGAGCCAACGUCUGCGCACAGGGGAGAGCGCCAUGACGCAUGCCAUGGUGUUGACGGCCGUGCAAGUCGAGGACGGCAAGAGUGUCAGAUGGAGAGUCAUGAACAGCUGGGGCGAUUCAGCUGGGGAGAAGGGCUACUUUGUCAUGACUGACGCAUGGAUGGACGAGUUCGUGUACCAGAUCGUUGUCGAUCCGGCGUUUGUGAGCAAAGAGAUUAAAGAUGUGUUGGACCAGGAGCCAAAAGUGCUUCCAUUGUGGGAUCCUAUGGGUGCUUUGGCUUGA